AUGACAAUUUUUUCAGCUACAAUAAGCCAACGCGGCCAACAACUAUUCAAAUCGCGAUUUGGGGUUGGUGCCGGCGCAUGCUUCCCCGAUGACCGCAUGCGGGUUCUGCUCGGCCCCCUAUGGCUGUCGUGGCUGUUCUACUUUGCCUCGGCCUCAUAUCAUGAGCGUCGAUUGUACGAGGAACUCAUGCGCGACUACAACAACCUCGAACGCCCCGUGGAGAACCACAAACAAGCCGUACAAGUGCAGCUCAAGGUCUCCCUCCAGCAGAUCAUCGACGUAGACGAGAAGAACCAAAUUGUUUAUGUGAAUGCGUGGCUCGAUUAUGCGUGGAAUGACUACAAGCUAAUGUGGGAUAUCACGGAAUAUGGUAAUAUCACUGAUGUUCGAUUUCCGGCUGGGAGAAUCUGGAAACCGGACGUUCUUUUGUAUAAUAGUGUCGACUCAAAUUUCGACUCAACCUAUCCGACAAAUAUGCUGGUCUACAAUACGGGUAAAAUCUCAUGGGUGCCGCCGGGGAUUUUCAAGAUUUCGUGCAAGAUUGACAUCAAAUGGUUCCCCUUUGACGAGCAGGUCUGCUUUUUCAAGUUUGGUUCCUGGACGUAUGACGGUGAAAAACUGGACUUACAACCCGCUGAGGGCGGUUUCGACAUCUCGGAAUAUUUGGAGAAUGGUGAAUGGGCAUUGCCAAUGACCACCGUCUCGCGUAACGUCAAAUAUUACGACUGCUGCCCCCAGCCAUAUCUUGAUCUGACGUUUUAUUUGCAUUUGAGGCGGCGGACGCUGUAUUACGGCUUUAAUUUAAUUAUGCCUUGCAUGCUGACGACGAUGAUGACGUUGCUCGGCUUUACAUUGCCACCGGAUGCUGGGGAAAAGAUUACAUUGCAAAUUACCGUAUUGCUGUCAAUUUGUUUUUUCUUGUCUAUCGUAUCUGAGAUGUCACCACCAACUUCAGAAGCCGUUCCGCUACUCGGCAUUUUCUUCACAUGCUGUAUGAUUGUCGUAACCGCAUCUACCGUAUUCACCGUCUACGUCCUGAACCUCCACUACCGUACCUCGGAGACACACGAGAUGGGGCAUUUGACUCGUUCCGUCCUACUGUAUUGGCUACCGUGGUGUCUUCGGAUGACACGGCCGGGCUACGAUUUUUCCUGGUCAAAAUUGCCCCCCAUAUUCAGGAGGACGAGGGGGCCACAUUCGGAAUCGUUGAUUCGGAACAUUAAGGAAGCGACGAGUGUGUCUAGAUCGAACUCAUUCGAUGUUGAACGUACCCUCGUCAAAGUCCUCCACCCCACCCAGUCCCAACAUUCUCUCAACAACGGCCACGGCCCCUUUGGCAUGGUGCCAAUUUCACAGAUUUCACAGUCGCCACCCCCUGUGGACGCAGGACAACAAGCAACACUUUUGGUUUUGCAUCGAAUCUAUAAUGAAUUGAAGAUUGUGACCAAGCGUAUGAUUGAAAAUGAUCGUGAAGAAACGGCAGCUAACAACUGGAAAUAUGCAGCAAUGGUUGUCGAUCGCCUUUGCCUCUACCUAUUCACAUUUUUCCUCACCGCAUCAACCAUUGGCAUUUUCUGGUCGGCCCCAUAUUUAGUCGCC